UCCACAUCACGUCUCUCUGAAGAACAGUUAAAGUGUCUUCUGGAUGAAUGCAUACUUAAACAAAAAUCCAUCAUUAAACUUUCUUCAGAAAGAAAAAAUGAAGACAUUGAGGACGUAACACCUGUGUUCCCCCAGCUUUCCAGGUCCAUCAUCUCUAAAUUGCUAAAUGAAUCAGAAACAAAGGUCCAGAAAACUGAGGUAGAAGAUGCAGAUAUGCUUGAGAGUGCAGAAUGUGAAGCUUCUGAAGGCUACUAUCUCACUAAAGCCUUGACUGGACAUAACAUGUCAGAAGCUCUUGCCACUGAAGCAGAGAAUAUGAAAUGCCUUCAGUUCUCCAAGGAUGAUAUUAUUAGUGACAGAAAAGACUAUUUUAUGUCGAAGACUCUUGGCAUUGGGAGACUGAAAAGGCCCUCCUUCUUAGAUGAUCCACUGUAUGGUAUCAGUGUGAGCCUUUCAUCAGAAGACCAACAUCUGAAACUCAGUUCUCCAGAGAAUACAAUAGCAGAUGAGCAGGAGACUAAAGAUGCAGCAGAAGAAUGUAAAGAAUCCUAAUCAAGGACUUGCUGGGUGUGCUUUUAAGAAAGUUGGUAAUGAAGUUAAAGUAAAUUUUUCAUUGAAUUAUUUGAAUUCAAUGAAUGCACUGCAGAGACUAUUCUUUAUUGAUUUUGACAUUUGAAGUCGCUCUUUGUGGAUUAUAUUUCCUUGAUAUUUUUGAGACUUGGGGUGUAAUUGUUCAAUGGUUUUUGCUCAUUAAAAUUUUUGGGACCAUUGUUUAUAAA